GUUUACGAAACAUAGGCCAAGAGGCUAGACCGAGGGGCCGGAAGAAGAGAGAGACAGAGAGAGAGAGGCCGAGGAGAGAGAGAGAGAGACAAAGGGGAGAGACCAAGCGCCAGAGACACAGAGAGGGGGCGGAGGAGAGAGAGAGGGAGAGAGGAGAAUCGCGGGAGGGAGGCGGGGUUUUGGCGAGAUUUGAGUUUCCCCCCACGCUCCCGCCAUGGUGUCCGACCAGGAGAUCGCAAGCUGCGUCGAGUCCGUCCUCCGUGGCUCCGCCGGCGGGCCCGGGGAGGCCUCGCUCGCCGCCGUGUUGCAGCAGGCGGAGGCCACGCUCGGCGUCGACCUCUCCCACAAGGCGGGCUUCAUCCGCGACCAGAUGGACCUCUUCUUCGGCCCGAACCUCCAGCCGCAGCCGCCGACCAAGCCCCAGCCGGCGCCUCCCCCGCCUCAGGCCCUCGUUGCCUCCUCGGCCGCUGUGCCGCAGCUCCAGCCUCAGCAUCAGCAUCAGGUCCUGCCGCAGGUGCAGGGGCAGCCGCAAGCGCCGCCUCCGGACCAACAGCUGCAGCCACAGCUCCCGCAACUCCAGCCGCGGCUCGUCUUCCAGACCAUUCCGCAGCUCCCCGCCAUGGCCCCCGUCCCCGCGGUUUCCGCGCCGCCCGCCGUGCCGGCCAUGGCGUUCUACCCGCCGCCGCCGCUCGCCUUCCGCUACACCACCGGCCUCGCUGGGGCCGCCACGGGUGGCACCGUCUCCUUCCAGCAGCCGGCCCCUGGGGCUGGUGGCACUGCUCCCCCCACCGCCGCUGCACCGCAGGUCGCGGGCGACAACAAGGAAAGCGCUUCUAAGCGGAAGAGAGGUGGACCUGGUGGUUUAAAUAAAGUUUGUGCAAUUUCACCUGAACUUCAAACCAUUGUUGGUGAGACUGCCAUGUCAAGAACUCAGAUUGUGAAGCAGCUCUGGGCCUAUAUCAGGCAGAACAAUCUUCAAGAUCCUGAUGACAAAAGGAAGAUCAUUUGCAAUGACGAACUUCGCGUGGUUUUUGAAACUGACACCACCGACAUGUUUAAAAUGAAUAAAUUGUUGGCUAAGCACAUAACCCCACUUGACCCAAAAGAUCAAGUAAAAAGAAUGAAGGCUCCUACCGUGGCUCCUCAACCUGGCCCUCCCAUUAAUCAGCCCUCCGUAGUUAUUUCUGACGCACUAGCAAAGUUCAUUGGAACAGAUGGAACAUUUCCUCAAGAUGAUGCCCAGAAAUACCUGUGGGAUUACAUAAAAGCAAACCAACUUGAGGAUGUCAUCAAUGAAUCAAUAUUAUGUGAUUCAAAACUUCAAGAGCUAUUUGGCUGUGAGAGCAUUCCUAUGUCAGGACUAUCAGAAAUGCUUGGUCACCACUUCAUCAAGAAAACAUAGCAAAUCCCCAUUAACUGAUCUAGGAUUGCAGUGUGGCAGAUAGGCCUAACAUUACAAUAUGGUGUUCUUGACAGAAUGGACAGCAUAGCGUAUGUAUUUCUUCAAUGUUAUGGAUUAUGAAUUGUAUCUGGCAAAGAUCAGAUUAUUUGUGGUAGCCUGUACUUUGUUAUGCGUGCCGGCUGCUGCUGCUGUGUCUGGUGUAACCUCUUUACUGAAUUCGUAGUGUUAGUUCUUAAAUGUCAAAAUGUCAUUGCUGACUAUGUAAAGUUAAGCUUUCUAUUUGAGUGCCAGAUUGUAUCCUUAAAAGUCAAGGUUUUCUUUUACUGAUAUUUUAAUGUUGGGGAAAUCUGACUUCAUAGUUCA